CAGACGACACAUACGUUGCUCACUUCAGUUGUAAAUAUUGUAAUGCAAAGGGAUGUUUUUCUUUCUGAAAAAAUGCUCGUGAUUUUAUGACACAUAAUUUACACAACACGCAGUAAAUUAUGUUGUCUCUUACACGGCGAUGCAAGUUUCAUGCUUGCCGAUAUUAUGGGAAUGUCGCGAAUAAAAUUAAAUUCGAAUCUUGGUUACCAUUGUUGCUUAACCUUAAUAGAGAGUUUCCAUUCGUGUCUUGUAAAUUGUUUAGCUCGAAAACGAAUUUAUCACGGACCAACGCGAACGUUGAAUGGUACUUGAAUCACCUUAUGAACGCGUAUAAAAAUAAUGAUCAGAAAAACAAAAGCAUCGUGGAGGUUCUUAAGAUACAAACAGUGACAGAAUUGUUGAACGAAAAGCUCAAGAUAACAGAGAAUCUUAAGAAUUUACACGAACUUGUUAACAACAACAAAGAAUUAAAGAGCCUCGCUAUGGAAGAGAAAUCUGCGUACGAACAACACUUACUAAACAUCGAUGAAAGGAUAGUGGAUACGAUUUUAGAAAAUUUAGGGGACGAAAGUUACGAGAACACUGUUGUUGAGAUAGUGCCGGGUGUAGGAGGUCAGGAGGCUAUGGUCUUUGUUAAAGAUAUAUUAAAUAUGUACCAGGGAUACCUAAACUAUUUAGGAUUAGAUUACGAAGUAAUUGAAUUAGAUAACAGCGAGCAAGGUGGUUUAAGGAAUGCCGUUAUGGUGGUAUCGAGCGAAAAAGCCUUUAAAAACUUAAAAUACGAAAGUGGCGUGCAUAGGGUACAAAGAGUACCAACGACAGAGAAAGGGGGCCGAAUGCAUACGAGUACGGCUGUGGUACAGGUUUUGCCAGAACCCAAGGACAUAGAAAUUAAUUUGGAGAAUAAAGAUUUGAAAAUAGAAACGAAAAGAGCGUCUGGAGCUGGCGGCCAGCAUGUAAACACCACAAGCUCUGCGGUUAGAGUGGUCCAUAUACCUACCGGCACGACCGUCACGUGCCAAAUAGAUAGAUCGCAAAUAAAGAAUAAAAAGUGGGCGCUGUUAAAGUUGAAAAGUAUACUGUACCAGCAAGAAUUUUCUAAGCAAACGUCAUUCAUUGCCACGUUGCGCAAGAAGCAGAUGGGAAUGAGAUCAAGAAAUGAGAAGAUCAGAACGUAUAAUUAUAAUCAGGAUCGUAUUACGGAUCAUAGAAUAGGAAAUGGUACGCUACACGGUUUGAAAGAGUUCAUGAAAGGCGGACCGAUGUUGGAAGAGCUACAGGACAGACUUCAUAAGGAUAUGCAGCAGAAGCUAUUGCUGGAGAUAAUACAAAAGAUGGAGAAUGAAUUGAAAUAACAGCGACGAAACUCGUCGCGCCCGUCUACCUAUACAGAGUCCCUUUCAGUCUCGCUCAAGGAAGCAGAGAUUUAGCGAAGUAGAGAGUUCAGUUGUUUAUUUGAAAAACAUACAACAAGAUUCUUUUGUUUCGUU